UUGAAAAUGGCGCGUUACGCCCGCAGGAAAUAUUAGGUUAAAAUUUUGUUAAAUUAGCCAAGAAAGAAACCUGUUUCAUGGCGUCUAGGAAUAGGGAAAAUGGCAACAGGCUUCGAAGAAAACCUGCAAAGGAAUUGAUUGGAGAGGAACGCAAAAUCCAGAGUUAUCACAACUUUGUUACUGACGAUGAAGAAAUCGACAGUGAUUUACCUGUACCGAACUUGUCCUUUGGUUUCGCAUCUGCCCUUGUUACCUGUGUUUCUGUUCUUUGUUAUUAUAAUUCAUGCAAAGGCGAGUUUGUCUUCGACGACUCUGAAGCAAUUGUGGCGAACAAGGACUUGACGCCCGACAUCCCGCUUGGAGAAUUGUUUUAUCAUGACUUCUGGGGUGCGAACAUUAGUUCCAACACCAGUCACAAAAGCUAUCGUCCCUUCACAAUUUUAACAUUUCGAUUCAAUUAUUGGCUGGCAGAAGGACUGCAUCCCUGGGGAUUUCAUGUCAUCAAUGUCACACUCCAUGCUGUGGUGUCAGUCUUAUGUCUGAAACUUUUUUCGAUCCUUUUCAGUGGUAAAAAUAAUGUUAAAUUUUAUUAUGAUAAUAAUUCUUCCGAAAGAACUCAUUUAACAGCUCCAAGGGCAAGUUUACUCGGUGCGAUCCUUUUCGCUGUUCAUCCUAUCCACACAGAGUGUGUUUCAGGUUUGGUUGGAAGGGCAGAUCUUCUUGGUGCUGUGUUUUUUAUCCUCUCAUUUCUGUUUUAUGUGAAAUGUUGUUUCAUUGGUGAGUAUGUAACAAGCCUGCUGCAAAGCACUUGGCUUGCAAUGCUUUGCAAGGAGCAAGGAAUCACUGUUCUGGGAGUCUGUUGUGUUUAUGAUUUCAUUGUGGCUUGUGAAAUUGACCCCACCUCUUUAUUGAUGAAAGUCUCCUUGAAAGUCUCGUCACCUGAGGAGAAAAAUCGAGUUGAUCUAAAGGAGAAAAAUGAGUCAACCCUCUGGAUAAGGCUUAUUUACCGCCAGAUAGUCCUGUUAUUUAUCGGAAUUAUUCUUCUGGUCGGCCGCUGGCGCAUCAUGGGGUCUUCCCCUCCAGUUUUCCAAGUAGUGGAUAAUCCUGCGUCAUUCGAGGAGUCUCUUGUUAAGCGAGUCAUCAACUACAACUACCUGUACGCCAUCAAUGCCUGGCUCCUGAUUGUACCACAGUGGCUGUGUUUUGAUUGGUCCAUGGGGUGCGUGCCGUUGAUCGACUCCUUCUCUGAUCCGCGCAUGCUCUGUAUUGUCGGCUUGUGGACAGUAUUACUGGUGCUCAUCGCUUACUGUGUGCUAGGGAAGAGUUUACCAACCAAACGGAUUCUAACCAUGGGAUUAGCUUUCGUGGUUGUACCGUUUCUUCCUGCGUCGAACGUCUUCUUCAGAGUUGGUUUUGUUGUGGCUGAAAGAGUUCUCUAUCUGUCCAGUAUUGGUUCCUGUCUCCUCACUGUGCUAGGUUUUACUUUACUCAGCAAGUUCCCAAUUGGAAAGAAGAUGAUAGGAUUCGGUAUGUGUUUGCUCUUAGCUUUGUACAUGUUGCGAACAACACAGAGAUCAGCUGAAUGGAUGAAUGAAGACACAUUAUUUACGUCUGGAUUGUCAGUUUGCCCGCUGAAUGCUAAAGUGCACUAUAACGUUGCUAAAGUACGAGGAGAAAAGGGACAAGUUGAGGUUGCCGAAGCAUUUUAUAGAGAGGCUAUCAGGUUGAAUCCAACGUAUGAUCAAGCGCUGAAUAAUCUGGGAAACUUAAUAAAGGACAAUGGCAGAUACGAAGAAGCAGAAGCACUUUUGGAAAAAGCUGUAGAAAUUAGGAACGACUUUGCCGCUGGUUGGAUGAACCUUGGGACAGUCAAAGCAGCUCUACAGAAACCCGAUGAGGCAGAAAAGUGUUACAGCAAUGCCAUACAAUACAGACGGAAAUAUCCAGACGCAUUUUUCAAUCUUGGGAAUCUGUACAUAGACCAAGAAAAACAUAAAGAAGCCAUUGCAGCGUUUAAGAUGGCUGUCAAUUUAAAGAACGAUCACGUGGGUGCGUGGAUGAAUCAUGCGCUGCUAUUGGAGAAGUCAGGUAACAGAGAUGAGGCCAUAUCUGUUCUUUUGGAAGCCAAAAAGUAUAUUCCUAAUGAAUCAACAGUAUACUUCAACCUUGGUAACAUGCUGGGACAGAACAACAAAUUCCAGGAGGGUGAGCAACAGUUUCUGAAAGCUCUUACAUUGAGCCCAAAUUCUGCUGAAAUUCAUGGCAAUCUAGGGGUGUUGUACCACAGAUGGGGAAAACACAGCAAAGCUGAGAAAUGCUACAGAAAGGCAUUGAAUCUGGAUCCGCACAGCGAAAAUGUGCAGGAAAACCUAGAAAAACUGAAAAGAACAAAACGGCAUUCAGCUAACGGAAAACCCAAACGGCGAUGAGAUAUACGGAAAAUAUUAUAUUUGUUAAACAGUUGUCUAUUUUGUGAAAUUUCUAGAUUUUCCUUUAAAAUUUUACUUUUUGCGAGACCGCAACAUCAAUUGAGAUUUAACGCCUUUUUCUGCUCACUUGGGUAAAAUGCAUGGUUACCUAAGAGUUUUGGCGACUUUAAAGCAGAUUUUUAGUAUUGCACUUAUUUUUGUAAUGAAUAGCAUGAAAUGCUGUCUUAUUUAUCUUUAGUCAAGUGUCUUUUCGAAUAAAACGAGACAAAAUCAUGAA